AUGUCGAAAACAGUGAAAAGUAUGGCAAUAAUGAUGCAUGACUUUGAAAAUGGGCGUAUCGCAUAUCUCACUUAUCUGAAAGUAGUUCUUUGUCGAAAUCGUUUAGUGAACUAUCAACUGGGUGCAAUUUGGAAAUGCUACGGAGAAGUCCAAAAUCAAAAUAAUUCUUGUCAAGCACCGCUAAUUAAAAAUCAGCUGAAACAAAAUCAUGUAAGAAAAGUUUUGUAG